UUUUAUUUUCAGAAUGUUGAGUUUGUGUUAUGUCUUGAUACAAUAACCCGAAGCUUAGAUUCCAAUCAACCAAAUGUAUUAUAUAUGCAUGUUUCAAAACCACCUAAAGAAAAGACUUCAAUAAGUAAUUACUUUAAGCUUCUAAAAUCAAUCGCUGGCCAUAACAACAAAAACCUAACAGUGGAGGGUAUUCAUAAAAAAAUAAAUCUAGCCGACUCCAAAUUAUCGUGGGAGCAUGAGCGUUUCUGUAUGAAACGGUUUCCUGCAUUUACAUUAUCUUCAGCGAAAUCCCCUUUAAGUCCGCUGCGAACUACGAUGUUUAAGGAUAACGAAUCGUAUAUAAUAGAGCAACUGGUUGUUUCCGUGAAGAAUAUAGCCGAAUCACUUGCUUGUUAUAUGUAUAAAAUAGAUCCUUUCUCUGAAGUUUUUGAAGGUCAUGCUGCUAUAAUUGAAGACAAUAUUCGUCCAUACCUCGGCAUCAAAGCGACUUUGCAGAAUAACGACAUUAGAGACGGAUUUGAAAAAUAUCUGAAAAACGUCAAAAUAAUUUUUGACAAACCGGAUGAACGGGAACCAGAUUUUAUGUUUUAUAAUAGUAACAAUCCAAAGCUUAAUAUCUAUCGAGUCAAGCCCGCAAUAUUUGAUCUAUUUCUAACUUUUGCUAUAUCCGUUUAUCUGUCUGGUGUUUAUUUUGCCAUCCAUUUUUUUCCCAGAUUUUAUUCAUUAAUAUCGACCAGCACAAAUAUUUACAUUCGCUGUUUUAUUAAAACAUCACCUAGCGGCUCAAAACGAAAAUAAAAUUACCCACUACUA